AAGUCUAUAUAGGAAGUACUGACACGCAAUUCGUGUCAAGUUCAGAACCAACUUGGUCCAAUCACACGGUCAUCAGCCUCUGUUGGUGCGGUCCUUGUCCGUGAGCGGCUGUCAUACAAUCAUUGCAGGUAUUUUUUGCACCCGUUUAAUCGAAAUUCUCCGUUAUUAGGUCUUCGGGACCCAGUCAAAGAAGGAGGAACUUACAGAAUGGCCGCUUAUAAAUUGGUGCUGAUCCGUCAUGGAGAGAGCUGCUGGAAUCAGGAAAACCGAUUCUGCGGUUGGUUUGAUGCCGAUCUGAGCGAGACUGGUGAACAGGAGGCGAAGAGAGGCGGACAGGCCCUGAAAGAUGCCAGCUAUGAGUUUGACAUCUGCUACACCUCCGUGCUGAAGAGGGCCAUCCGCACGUUGUGGAUCGUGCUGGACAGCAUCGACCAGAUGUGGCUGCCCGUGCACAGGACCUGGAGGCUGAACGAGCGUCACUACGGCGGCCUGACCGGCCUGAACAAGGCCGAGACCGCCGCCAAGCACGGGGAGGCCCAGGUCAAAAUCUGGAGGCGCUCCUAUGACAUCCCCCCUCCCCCUAUGGAUGCCGACCAUGACUUCUACACCGUCAUUAGCAAGGACCGUCGCUAUGCCGACCUGACGGAGGACCAGCUGCCAUCGUGUGAGAGCCUGAAGGACACCAUCGCCCGUGCGCUGCCCUUCUGGAACGAGGAGAUUGUGCCGCAGAUCAAGGAGGGGAAGAGGGUGCUGAUUGCUGCCCACGGCAACAGCCUGCGAGGCAUCGUCAAGCACCUGGAGGGCAUGUCGGAGGAGGCCAUCAUGGAGCUCAACCUGCCCACGGGGAUCCCUAUCCUUUACGAGCUGGACAAGAACCUCAAACCAAUCAAACCAAUGCAGUUCCUGGGAGACGAGGAGACUGUGCGCAAGGCCAUGGAGGCUGUGGCCGCUCAGGGCAAGGCAAAGAAGUAGAGGGAGGCCUCCCCGUGUGACAACAGGGGCCUGAGUGAGGAGGGAGUGGGGCGGGCAGCACACUACAGCUCUCUUAAGGCCACACAUACGCUCCUUUCAUGCACCACAGCUGUGACAUCAAGGUACCCAGUAUUACCUUUCAUGACUAUCAUAACCUUAACUAUAUGUAGUCCAUCAGUAGUCAGUAUUCCACACUGAGUGCAAAAUUUGUAACAGCUGGAGUUUUGAUUUCACAAAUGAUACUGUUAGACCAAAAUUUUAGGGACCAUCUGCUUGACCCAAAAAAAGCGGAGCAUAGGCAUUCCAUUGACCAUUGGGUGUCUGAAAGGCACAAAAUCCCCAUUUUAAAUUUAGCACCUUUUAGAUUUCUAAAGCCAAUCAGUGGUUGUUUGAAAAACGAUAUAUAUUUUUAAUGUAAAGUGAUAGUUUAUUUGCACGGACUGAGGCAAGCAGGGUAUUAAACAACCAAUCAUCACCUUCCGAUCUUUGACCUUUCAGUCUUCACCUGGAAGCCAGGCCUGAUCAUUGUAGAUCUUCUGGUCUCAUGGCAACUGCUGUUAGAAAAAAAGUGAGGGGAAAAAAGGGGAGAGGGGGCAGGUCUGUGCUGGUUUCAGUUGAAUGUUUCGAAUACCUGUAUAACAUUACAUCAGGGCUGCUCUAUACUUCAGUCCCUCAGUUGCAUUUAGUGCUUCACUUCAUUGUUUUGAAAGGGCUGCUUUGAGCGGUUGUAAACUGCACAUUCCAUAGUGAAAUGAUUGGCAUUAGAGGGGUGCUGUAUGUCAUUCAGGAGCUUUUCUGAGGGCUGUGGUAGUGUGAAGACCCUCACUCCUCUCUCCCUGGUGCCCUCUGGUGGUAGUUUACAUAAAUAGCAUUGCUGUUUGUCUGUGGCAAGUUGUCAUGACCUGUUUCCCAAAAAGAAUUGGCAGCACAGUUAACACCCUUCCCAAUGUGUGUGCCUGCGUGUGUGUGUGUGUGUGUGUGUGUGUAUCUGUAUGUGUGUGCAACUGAGAGACUGAAUAAGUCAUUUCAUACACAGGCUGCAGUUACGGAGGAUAGGAAAUGCUAUCAUGUCCGUUGGAACCUCUCAUUAAAAUAAAACGAUAUUCUUCCAGGUUAUGAUUUGAAAUGAUGUGAUUUGUAUGGUCAAUAUAUCAAUUUUUUCAGUGUACACAUGUUCUAAUUUUUCUCCACCACCCAGCUGAUGACCAGUAUAUCGCAAGACCAGCAUGACACAUGCAUUGGGUGUGUGUGUGAGUUGUUCUGCCCUGGCCCACCCCAUGAGUCUUUGCUUGACUUUGCUGCCAGUGAUUUGACUGAGUGUCACUCUGAGUAGGGUUGUGUUGCGAUGCACUGUUUGAAAUGUACACUGAACCCCUUGUGCAAAUGUAAUAAAUCUGUGUGCAGA